GUUGCAGGGAGCGUGGCGUCACUGUGGGAACCGAGAGGCUGCUUUACUGUCAGAGGAGGUGGAAGGAGUCGUAGCUCUCUCUCUCUCUCUCUCUGAAGACACCGCUUUCUCCUGAGCUCCACAAGCGGACUCUCUGUACUUGUUUUGCGCUGUUUUGCCCGCACCGCUGUGCAGUCUGGCCGUCAGCAGCGCAUGGUGCUCGGUAUUGCGGCUGUGCGCGCGCGCCUCCGACGGGGACGCUGUGACCGGUGCGCUGAUGGAGGGACAGGGACAGGGACAGAUCAGUCGCUGUAAGAUCGUGGUGGUCGGGGACACUCAGUGCGGCAAAACGGCUCUGCUGCACGUCUUCGCCAAAGACAGCUAUCCUGAGAGCUAUGUGCCCACUGUGUUUGAAAACUACACAGCAAGCUUUGAGAUCGACAAACACCGGAUUGAGCUGAACAUGUGGGACACAUCAGGCUCUUCAUACUACGAUAACGUGCGGCCGCUGGCGUACCCAGACUCGGAUGCAGUGCUCAUUUGUUUUGACAUCAGUCGGCCUGAGACUCUUGACAGCAUUCCAAAGAAGUGGCAGGCUGAGGCUCAGGAGUACUGUCCCAAUGCUAAGCUUGUGCUAGUGGGCUGUAAGCUCGAUAUGAGGACGGAUGUCAGCACCUUGCGAGAACUGUCCAAACAGCGCCUCAUACCCGUCACACACGAGCAGGGCAGUCUGCGGGCACGGGAACUUGGCGCUGUAGCGUACGUCGAGUGUUCGUCACGCGUGUGCGUAAACAGCGUGCGAGAUGUCUUUCACAUCACUACUCUUGCAUCCGUCAGACGCCCCACUCCCGGCCUCAAUAGAAGUUCCUCUCGCCGCACCCUCAAGCGCAUAUCCCAUCAGCCCCUGCUGCCAGUCAACUCCCGCACCACACCCCACGAACCCUCCCCUACACUCAGAAAGGACAGGGCCAAGAGCUGCAAUAUCAUGUAGAAAAAAAUUCAACAAAAACAAAUGAAACACAGCUGUGUCCUGAGCUUGUCCUAAACUGGAUUUCUCACAGCUGUGGUCUGUUGAAAAGUGAAAUUACAAUUUUAUGCUUCUAUGCUGUAUAAAUGUGCUAAUGAGUGCCACAGAGGACUAUUUAUUGACCAUGAAGUUGUUGUUGUUGUUGUUUAUUAUUUUGUCACUGAAAGUAAGCAAGAAUACAGAGAUUUUAUGGGAUUACAUGUGUGAGCAGGUUUUUAUUUCAAUCCUUGAUUUAAAUUGCUUGCAUUUUAUUUCAGUAGUAUCUUUCUCGGCUGUCACAAUGUCAUUAGCAGAGAUAAUUCAGACAGGUUUGAAUCACUACAGUCCUCAGUAAUUCCGUUAUUCACCUCAGUAAAUCUAAUGGGAAUUGGCUGUGAUAGGUGAUGGUGCUUCACUCGUGUGGAAUUAUACACUUCAGAAAAUGACGCUGGGUCAGAAUGCCAAAAAGGUUAUUUUAUUUCUACACUUGAAGCCACAUGAUGAAGGACCUGAGGAGAACUGGCUGACAAAGUGAGAUAGACAUGUAAUCACAGAAUUACUGAUGCCUGGAGCCUAAUCAUGCCGUAAGAUUAAUUCACUGACUCAUUUGAGACUCUAAAAUGGACAAGGCAGGUGAAGCCUUUCCAGUUAAAAUGCCACACAAGUGACAUACAAGUGACAUAGCCACCAUGACUUUCGAUUCAUCCUGUCCGAAAUCUCUUCAUAUUUAUGCUUAAAGCAUGUCAGAGCUUACACUAGUUGUAUAUUCCUGUUCACAAUAAACUCUCAAGGGAGAGAAAAAGUCAAGAGAAA